ACCAAAGCAGGUCCAGAAGGACCAGAAGGACCAGAAGGACCAGCAGGACCAGAAGGACCAGCAGGUCCAGAAGGACCAGCAGGUCCAGAAGGACCAGAAGGACCAAAAGGACCAAAAGGACCAGAAGGACCAGAAGGACCAGCAGGACCAGAAGGACCAGAAGGACCAGCAGGUCCAGAAGGACCAGAAGGACCAAAAGGACCAAAAGGACCAGAAGGACCAGAAGGACCAGCAGGACCAGAAGGACCAGAAGGACCAGCAGGUCCAGAAGGACCAGAAGGACCAGCAGGUCCAGAAGGACCAGCAGGACCAGCAGGUCCAGAAGGACCAGAAGGACCAGCAGGUCCAGAAGGACCAGAAGGACCAGAAGGACCAGCAGAACCAAGACGAGUCAGUGCUGGAGACACAGGUCUGAUGAUCAGUAGAACCUCUCUGAGGGUUCAGUCUGACCUCUGA